UAUACUCCUUUUUUGAUUGCGUGUGCAAAUGGAAACACUCAAAUUGUAAAAGUAAUGUUAAGAAAAGGUGCAGAUAUAAAACUGAAAUCAAAAUAUAAUGAAUCACCGUUUUACCUGGCUACAUUCUACUACAUCAAAUAUCCCCAUUUAAAAAAUGCUACUUGUCUUCGAGAACUCUAUUAUGCUGGUGCGAAUAUUGACGAACCAAACAACAAAGGUUUAACACCUCUACAAAUGGCGGCUAUGUUUGGACACACUUCCCUUGCCAAAUGGCUAUUAAGGAAACAUGCUUCUACUAAUGUUAUACCCGAUCCGUAUCUUAUAGCCAUUUCACAGGGACAUCAAGGAACGGCUAUUGCUAUUUGUAAAAUGUCAAAAGUGUAUGCUAUUGAUUAUGCAAUUGAAUGAUUUUUAUUAUAUAAAUAUGAGUCUGUAGAAACUGUACAAAAUUUUAUUUGAGACCCUUAAAUAGAAAUAAUCUGCAUAACAAAAAACUUUUUAUUUUUUUAUUUGUAAGUAAUUUUUGCUCUAAUUUCAAACAUAUCUUAAUUGUAAGAAUCAUAAUUAAAGUUAUGUCAUUUUUAAUGCAUUUUAUUUUGUUAAAAAGGAAUAUUUAAUUUGAAAUCCCGAUUUUAGAAUUUA